AAUUCUGACUUUCUUUCUUCCCACGAGUGCCAAAUCGUGCGGGCAAAAUCAGCGAUGGAGCCUGGGUUGCCUCUUUUACAUUUCAACGUCCUCCUUUUUCCUCCCUCCCUCUCUCUCCCUCCCCCUCGCUCUGUCGCUUUCUAGAUCAUCGAAGCGAUCAAGGCAGAGAGAAAAUCGACGAACAUCGUCGAGAGAAAAAAGGCAGGAACUUCAUGGGUUGGAUCCCGUGUUCUGGGAAAUCGAGUGGGAAGGGGAAGACAAGGAAGAACGGCGACGGGAAUCGGAACAGGAAGCCUUCUGAUCGUGGUGUUUCUGCUUCAGAGAAAUCUAAGACAAAAUCAUCAUUGGGUGAUAAGAAUGCAUCCAAAAGCAAAGGAACUGAUCACAUUACAGCAAAGACAUUUACGUUCUCCGAGUUGACUACAGCUACUAGAAACUUCAGAAAAGAAUGCCUUUUAGGGGAAGGAGGGUUCGGCAGAGUUUACAAAGGAUACUUGGAAAAUACUAGCCAGGUAGUGGCUAUCAAGCAACUUGACCAUAACGGGUUACAAGGAAAUAGGGAGUUUCUCGUUGAGGUUCUGAUGUUGAGUCUCCUUCACCACCCAAAUCUUGUUAAUCUAAUUGGAUACUGUGCUGAUGGAGAUCAAAGGCUUCUGGUGUAUGAGUACAUGCCUCUAGGGUCAUUGGAAGAUCAUUUAUACGAUAUUUCACCUGGUAAGCAGCCGCUUGAUUGGAACACUAGAAUGAGAAUAGCAGCAGGAGCUGCAAAGGGGUUGGAGUAUUUGCACGACAAGACUGUCCCUCCGGUGAUUUAUCGGGAUUUAAAAUGCUCCAACAUUUUGCUUGGAGAUGGGUUCCAUCCAAAGCUAUCUGACUUCGGAUUGGCCAAAAUCGGCCCUGUGGGUGACAAGUCCCAUGUCUCGACCAGAGUGAUGGGUACCUAUGGAUACUGUGCUCCCGAGUAUGCAAUGACAGGUCAACUAACCCUCAAGUCAGAUGUUUACAGCUUCGGAGUCGUCCUUUUGGAGACCAUAACGGGCAGGAAAGCCAUCGACAAUUCAAGGCCUGCUGGAGAACAAAAUCUGGUAGCAUGGGCAAGGCCUCUGUUUAAAGACCGGAGAAAAUUCUCGCAGAUAGCUGAUCCGAUGCUUCAAGGCCAAUACCCUCCAAGAGGAUUGUACCAAGCACUGGCAGUUGCUGCCAUGUGCGUGCAAGAGCAGCCGAAUCUCAGACCAGUCAUUGCUGAUGUUGUGACCGCCCUUUCGUACCUCUCAUCCCAAAAGUACGAUCCCGAGGCACAGCAAGUCCAGAGUUCCCUUUUCGCCCCCGGGACUCCUCCUAGGACAAAGCAGGACAGAGACAGGAUGAUCUAGAAAAAACUGCAGAAGACACCUACAAGGUUAAUGCUGGUAAAUUAUUUGCUGAUUCCCCAUAGAGGGUCUUUUUCAAAUAAUUUUCAGAAGGGGAUAUUGUUUUUCCGAGCUUGUAUAGAUAGACGUAUUCACAAAGAGAUACACUUAGAAAUAUAGCACUUUCUGUAUAGGCUUUGUAAACUGUACAAUGAUGUUACAUGUUCCACUGCUUUGGUAAGGUGACCGACAUUACCUUUGAGUAUUUCA